AUGUGAGGAUGUUGGGCUGCAAAGGAGGGUUCUAAGAUAAGAAACCUCGUGGGUUUCUGAGCGUUCACUUUCACUGCCUGUUUAUACUCACACAGGUAUGAACUGAUUUAAUCGGCUUGUUUUCUGUUCACUGAGGAGUUGGAAUGGACUCAAAGAGGGAAAACGAGGGUCCUGACAAUCCGACGUUUCACAUGGAUGAGAAAGUUAUCGGUCAACUGAGCGGACAACCGAAAAGACAUGAUGCUAAAAACCAUCAGGACGACCCCGACAGAAACAAACCAACGUACUGUGUAACCGACGUUCCUGCGUGGUACCUGUGUAUCUUCCUGGCCAUCCAGCACUACCUGACGGCGUUUGGCGGGAUCAUCUCCAUCCCCCUCAUCCUCUCAGAGGGGCUGUGUCUGCAGCACGACAGCCUGACCCAGAGCUUACUCAUUAACACCAUCUUCUUCGUCUCCGGCCUCUGCACCCUCCUGCAGGUGACUUUAGGUGUCAGGCUUCCUAUCCUACAGGGGGGUACCUUCGCCCUGGUUACCCCGGCCAUGGCCAUGCUGUCUAUGCCAGACUGGAAGUGCCCUGCUUGGACCCAGAAUGCCAGCCUGGUCAACACGUCCUCCCCCGAGUUUGUGGAAGUGUGGCAGAGCCGCUUGAGAACUCUCCAGGGUUCCAUCAUGGCGGCCUCGGUCCUCCAGGUUCUGGUUGGUUUCUCUGGUCUGAUUGGCUUCCUCAUGCGCUUCAUUGGACCCCUGACCAUUGCCCCAACUGUCUCUCUCAUUGGCCUGUCGCUGUAUGACUCAGCCGGAGACAAGGCGGGAAGCCACUGGGGCAUCUCGGCAAUGACGGCGGUGCUGAUCAUCCUCUUCUCUCAAUACUUACGCCUCAUUCCGAUCCCUCUUCCUGUGUACAGCAAAUCCAAGAAGCUUCACACUUCAAACUUCUUCAUGUUCCAGACGAUGCCGAUUUUACUGGGCCUUGCAGUCUCCUGGUUGGCGUGUUACCUCCUCACCAUCUACGAUGUUCUACCAAAAGAUUCCGCUGCGUACGGACACUUGGCCCGAACCGAUGUGAAGGGAAAUGUUGUGAGUGAGGCGUCAUGGUUCAGGGUUCCUUAUCCUGGUCAGUGGGGGGUACCAACCGUGAACCUGGCAGCUGUGUUUGGGAUGCUGGCUGGCAUCAUCUGCUCCAUGGCAGAGUCUGUGGGCGACUACCACGCUUGUGCCAGGCUGUCUGGGGCUCCUCCACCCCCAGACCACGCCAUCAACCGGGGUAUAGGAAUUGAAGGUGUUGGCUCUCUGUUGGCGGGGGCCUUUGGCACAGGCAACGGAACUACUUCUUUCAGCGAGAAUGUGGCAGCACUUGGCAUCACCAAAGUGGGCAGUCGGACGGUGAUUCUCCUGAGUGGCGUUUUCAUGAUUCUAAUGGGAGUUUUUGGCAAAAUUGGAGCCGUCUUUGCCACGAUCCCCACUCCUGUUAUUGGAGGGAUGUUCAUCAUCAUGUUUGGGGUCAUAACUGCUGCUGGGAUUUCCAACCUCCAGUAUGUAGACAUGAACUCCUCAAGAAAUAUCUUCGUGUUUGGUUUCUCCCUGUUUUCCGCCCUCGUCAUUCCCAACUGGAUAAUGAAGAAUCCCGGAUAUCUACAAACAGGAAUCACAGAACUGGACCAAGUUCUGCAGAUUUUAUUUACCACUCACAUGUUCAUUGGGGGAUUCUUCGGCUUCUUUCUGGACAACACGAUUCCUGGCACUAAAGGUGAGCGUGGCCUUCUGGCGUGGAACAAAGUACAUCUUGAAGGCUCCAUAAACAGCAUGGUAUCUGAGGAGGUUUACGACUUCCCGUUUGGGAUAACUACUUCCCUCCAGUCCCAAUCCUGGAUCCGUUAUGUUCCUUUCUGCCCACGGAAGAGCGGCGAUCCUGAGAAGAAGCAGGAGAACACAGACGCAUUCCAGAGUACACGUGUCUGAAUCUUGAAAAUGACGUCUUUACACAAAAACAAGAAUCUUUAGAAAUUCUUAAAAAUAUAUAUCUUUUUGUUUUGGAUUCUGGUUUACACUCAGAGGAUCUCGUUUUUCUUUAGCCUCACAUGUUUCACAUGGACGGUCAAAUUGACGUUGUCACUACUUGGGACUGAAAGGAAAUAAAAAGAUCCCGCUCUGUCAGAGCUAUAAUGUCAUUUUUUCUUGUCUCCUGUGUAAAAGGAAAUUAAAUUGUAGAUACAUACUAUCGUGCAGCACAAUCUCUACAAUAUUUAAGCUGAAGAAGCUCUGGAUCCUUUUGUAGUGGUUUAUUUUGGAAAAAACAAAGAUAAGUUGUGGUCUCAUUUGCUGUUUGCCCUCCUCGCUGUCGGCUCUCGGCGUCUGAGCUCAUUUCCUCCGUCUAACCGCCUCUGACAGCCAGGUGUUGUGUUUUUACCUCAGGCCCGUUUGACCAGCAGCUCCUGUGCACCUCAGUACAGUUUUAAGAAAGUAUGCAACUAUUUUCAUGCAGAAGAUGAGGUUUUAUUUAAAAAAAAACAUUUUCAAGUUUAUGUGUGAAAGCCACAUUAUAACAGUAGGGUUUUGUGUAAUAAAAAGGCAGAAUUUUACAUUUUUACUACAAAUGUUAAGAAAUCCUAUGAAGCCCUUUUACCAACGAAAACUUUAGAGCGAAACUCGUCACAGGAGACAAGAAAAAUCAUAUGACAAAUGGAACAUUUGCCUUACUAUUUCAGAUUUUGUUCUCUUUUUGUGUUCAUGAAGAGUACCACAAAGUGAUAAAAAAAAGACCUAAAAAAAAUGACAAACUCUUCAUAACUUUCUGUUAGGAAUUCCAAACUUAAACUCUGACAAAAGAUGAUUAUGUUCAAAUUCAAGCAAUUUGAAACUUGAAAUCAUAAAUCUUCCAGUGAUUU